AUGUCCAAGUCUCGCCGCAAUGUUCGGUUUCAACGCAGGUCCAACGGAGAGCGGCGGCUGAGCGUGUCCGACGUCAGCGACGCACCCUCGGAGCCCUCCAGCCCCGGCAAAAAUGGCAGCGUGUCGCACCCGACGACUAUACCUGAAGAGAAGCCGCAGCAGUCCGAGUACGAGAAAAAGAAACAGACCUUCAUUACUCGAACGAUAUGGUCUUUCGUGAUGAUCGCGGGCUUCUUCGUCGCCUUGUUCUCCGGUCACAUCUAUAUUAUCGGUUUAGUCACUGCCAUCCAGAUCGUCUCGUUCAAGGAAGUUAUCGCCAUCGCCAAUGUCCCUAGCAAGCAGAAAAACCUCCGCUUCACCAAGUCCCUCAAUUGGUAUUUCCUCGCGACGACCAUGUAUUUCCUGUAUGGAGAGAGCGUGAUCUACUACUUCAAGCAUAUCUUGUUGGUGGAUAAGGUUCUUCUGCCCCUGGCGACGCAUCACCGGUUCAUUAGCUUUACUCUCUACGUUAUGGGCUUCGUGUUCUUCGUUGGAUCGCUGCAGAAGGGACACUACCGAUUCCAGUUCACCCAGUUCGCUUGGACUCAUAUGGCUCUGUACCUGAUUGUGGUCCAGGCCCACUUUGUGAUGAACAACAUCUUCGAGGGCAUGAUCUGGUUCUUCCUUCCCGCGUCUUUGGUUAUUACCAACGACAUCUUCGCUUACGUCUGCGGUAUCACCUUUGGCCGCACUCAGUUGAUCCAGCUGUCCCCCAAGAAGACCGUCGAGGGUUUCAUUGGAGCUUGGAUCUGCACGGUCAUCUUCGGUUACUUCAUGACCAACCUGCUGAUGCAGUACAAGUACUUUAUCUGCCCUGUCAAUGAUCUUGGUGCGAACGUCUUGACCGGCCUCGAGUGCGUCCCGAAUCCGGCUUUCGUUCCGCAGCCCUACUCCAUGGCGGUGUUUGGCAUGGAUAAGACUUUCUACAUCGAGCCCAUGCAGUUCCACAUCCUGGGCUUUGCUACUUUCGCUUCUCUCAUUGCUCCCUUCGGUGGUUUCUUUGCCUCUGGCCUGAAGCGUACUUUCAAGAUUAAGGACUUCGGCGAAUCGAUCCCCGGUCACGGUGGUAUCACCGACCGCAUGGACUGCCAGUUCAUCAUGGGUUUCUUCGCUUUCAUGUACUACCACAGCUUCAUUGCUAUCUACAAGGCGAGCGUGGGCGAUAUCAUUGAGACCGCCAUUAACGGUCUGACUGUUGAGGAGCAGCUUGAUGUUGUCCGCGGCCUCGGCAAGUAUUUGUACAACCAGGGGGCCGUCUCGGAAAAGAUCCUGGACUGCCUCACCAAUGAGCUCAAGCGGCGAUGA